AUGGGGAGGAUCAAGAAGGUCGCCACGGAGCGGCACACGGCGACUGCCUCACCUUUCGUAUCACGGUUUGUCGAGCAGGCCACAUCAACGCCGCUGCACCAUCUACCUUCAAAGCUCGACACUUUCCCGCUCCACUGGCCGUUCCCUCGUGGUGAUUUAUACCACUGGAUCCCGCUACUCGACCGCUUCGACCACAUCCUAGAGCUGUUCAACGCCGAGUAUGGACUCGCCAAAGGCCCACAGCAAGAGCAGUUUGAGAGCAGGUUGCUACAAAAGGGCGAUGCGGAGGAUGGCAUGCCCUACCCGGCUGGUGGCGCCCAGGAAGAUGAGCUGCAGAAGCUGGGCUACUCCUCUGAAGGCGACAGGGAGGUGAUCGAGUCUGUCGUGCACUUCACCCGGAUCAUAUUGGAGCAUUGCGGAAAUCGCAGUCUCUACAACAGCAGUGGUCAGCUCGACGACUUGCUCAACACCACAUCACUGAGCCUGCUUCGGCUGGUCUUACGACUGGGUGUCCGCCUUGCUCAACGCUAUCAAGUGGCACGGUACAAGAACAGUGCGCCUCACGCCCAACUGACACUGCUCGCCAACCACUACAACUUCAAGCUCGAUCGGCUGCAAAAGAUUGCUCAACCCUUCCCCAAGCCUGCUCAAGCGGCUUCGAGCUCCAUCGUCGCAGUGGGAAAAGGCAAGGAGAAGGCUGCACAGACGGCUCCGUACAACCCAAGUGAUCUCGUUGCCAUCGCCAAGGAGCCUCAGACCUUGAAUGCGAAGGGCGAUGUUGCCGGGAUCCAUUUCACAUACUACGAUCAGUCGGCUGCGGCGAAAGAUGGAUCUUCAAAUCAGCCCAACGAUGCACCUCCGCCAACCCCAACUCCGAUCCGCAGAACAUCCACUCUGGGACCUUCUCGAGACCGGCCAGGGAUAGGCGAGCGAAGCGCGACCACGGGAGAUGUCAACGCUACUCCGACAAAGCCUAGAGAGGUCGACACUGCUCCGUCUUCAGCAUCGAAGACCUUCCAGAUAUCCGGGACCAAUGUCGCCGAGACCCCUGCUUGGGCGCUUGUCAAAGAGGCUAUGUCCGAAGUGCCUUCUGAGUCGUCAUUCGAUAUGCUUCAUCGUAUCCGCAUCGCCAAGGCGCUGGUCCAUCCCGAGGACACAUCCCAAGAGCUUUUGGAGGUGAGGCUUCUGGCUAUUGCCAAUCUCGCCUACGCCCUUGCCGAGUCGAAAUUCAUGGAAAAGAUCGGCAUACCCGAUAGUGAGGAGCCAAAGCGCUUCCAUCUGGCGCAACAGCUGUGCGAUCUGCUCCGACCGGCGACGGGCAGCCAGGCCGCAUUGUCCCUACAGAUGGAAACCGCUGUUUUGCUCACGCUUGAAGCCCUCUCUAAGAGCAGGUCAAAGUCUUCAGAAGUCUCAGACGCUUUGCAGAUCUCCCACAACCAUGGCGUCAUCUAUUACGAGCUUCGAAGAGUGAUUGCAACGCUUCACUCCAGCCCUCACGAAGACUCAACACUGGAGCUGCGGGAAAUUGAAUGGAGAGAGGCGGUCUUUGACUUGACCAACACUCUGCUCCAAUCGAACACUCAAGCUCGACACGGAGAGCGGAUGGUGAACGCCGGCAUCAUGGAGAUCUUGCUGGAGGCAUUGACCCUUCGCACUUCUCGUGCAGAGCGCUUCAACGAGAAGAUUUUGCAGUUCUUCGACAGCUUCAUCCAUGGCAUCACAACCUCGUUCCAGACUCUCGUCGACGCCAAAGGCUUGGACGAGCUUGCCGAACUGAUGAGUUACGAGGUCACAAGCUCCCUGCAGAAUGCCAAAGAUGGCCGCGGGCUGCCUGCGGAGUACAAGUCCAAGGUUGUCGACUACGACAUUCCCUUCUAUCAGCAAUCGACGCUUCGUCAGCUGUUCAAAUUCAUGGUCCACAUGUUUGAGCACAAUGCCGGAACUCACGAUCGGUUGCUUAGGAACCUCGUCGACACGCCACAGGUGCUUGGCGCUCUUCGCAACGUGAUAGAGAAUGCCAGCGUCUUCGGAUCAAACGUCUGGAGCGGUGCUGUUAACAUCAUGAGUAGCUUCAUUCACAACGAGCCAACCAGCUUCCAGGUCGUUGGAGAGGCUGGCCUGGUUAAGAGUCUUUUGCAGACGAUUGUGCCGUGGGAUCUGAGUGAAGACGACUCUAAGCCAAGGGUUGUGCCAGAGGCAUUCGAGUACAAGGACGGCGAGCUUCAGUACCCCAGCCCUACUGGCAUUCUUCCCGUUGGCGAGACCAUGUGCGAUAUCCCGACCGCUUUCGGAGCCAUCUGCCUCAACGAAUCGGGCAUGCAGCUCUUCCAAUCCUCGAAAGCAUUGAUGAAGUUCAUGGACAUCUUUGUGUCGCCGCCACACGUUCGCGCCCUGGAAGAGGAAGGCCAGACGGCUUCCACAAUCGGUCAAGCCUUUGAUGAGCUGUCACGGCACCACCCUCGCCUUAAAGGCGAGAUCAUGUCGACGGUCAUCGCAAUGGUCAAGCGUGUCAACGAGCUGUGCCGAUACUUGGCGGAGCAGAAGGGGCACGGUACCAAGCUCUGGGAAAACACGUCAGCCGGUGUCGUUGUUUCGGGAGGUCGAAAGGCCCUGGCUGGGCUGAAACAUGCGACUGAGAGCACGACGAUCUCCAGCAGCGACGUUGUCACCGCUGAAGGCCUGAACGAGGAUGACAAGGAUCGCGUUUCUGGCGUGCCUUUCGUCAGCGCUUGCUUCAAAUUCUUGGAAGGCUUCUUCCUCAACGCCGGCAUGUGCUCGCUCUUCUGCGAAGAGGGCGGAGCCGUGCAUCUCCUGGAUCUUGCGGUAUCCGCAAGCAACCCUUACGAUAUUGUGGCGUUCCCACCGUUCGGCAAGAUUGCAUCGGUGAUCAAGUCGAUGUGUGAGGCGAAGCCACAUCUGGUCCUACCUACCCUCAUUCACCAUACGCAAACCGCCAUCAAGUGCGUAAAGCCCAUUAUCGACAGCGACAACUCAGAGCGUGCCUUUGCCGCUUUUAUGGACCUUUCGAAACCCCAGGCUUCACCACCCUUCUCACCGCAGUCCAACGGAACCACUGUCGCGAAAGCACUUGCAAUGGUCCACAUGCUCACCCAUCUAUUCGGACGUGCCUUAGCACCGCCAGCGUACCCAGGCGUUCGCAAUCAACAUCCAUCGAACCAACUGUUCGUCCUUCUCAACUUCACCGACAUCUACGUUGAGCUGGUCGACGAUCUUGGCCUCCUCCACGCUGCAUGCGUGUGGGAGAAUCUGGCUCUGCAACAGGACUUGUCCGAUGACUGGAAUCAGCAGACCGACCCUAAGCCAUUUGCGAUGAGGCGUGUCGACGUCAACGGCUUCGUCGAGAUCAGCUCUGAGCUUCGCUCGGAGAAUCCACAAAACGGUCAGGAUGCCAACGGCACGACACGCACCAAAGCCGAAAGUCGCGAAGAGACAUUCUCCAUCAAGAAUGCCAAGACUAUCCGCUACCUCCUCUCCCAGGCACCCGUUGGUAUCGAGUCCUUCUUCCAAUCUCUUGCGCAAGCCAUUGUGCCAAAGCGCGGCCAUGAAUCUGGGACGAGACAACAUGCUUUCAUUGUUGCCGAACAUCUGGCCCACGCCCUAGUACAAGAGUUCACGUACAAGAAGUUUGAUCCCGUGAACGAGCUGCUUGAGGCCAAGGCUCGAGCGCAUGCUGUUACGGUGUGUACGAGAGUCCUGCUCCGGAAUGCGAAUCUCGCAGAAUCUUUCGUGAGCAAGGAGACGAUGACUCUUGUGUUGAACAAGUUCUACCUUGCAGGUGGCUUCGAGCGGCUUAAUGAGUGCUUGAGGCGAUUCGGCGAGCUCGCGCUUGAGCAUGCGAAGCAGGGCGACGCUUUAUAUCUCACCUCGCUCGACACCCUGAGCUCGAUUCUCAAUCUCUACAGCCAGGUCGUCCGCGGCAAGGUCAUUCACGAGUCGCCCCAAUCCAGCAGUAUCUCCGUUCGGAACCAUGAGCAGGCAGACUACUUCAUGCCUGGCCAGUUCGUUGUGGAGAUCAGGAACGCGAUUCUCCCCGCUGUGAAUGAAUUGUGGCAUUCAGGAUCGCUCGAGCACGUUACCGACAACCACGUGAAGAGCGUUGUCGAGAUCUUACGCAUCAUCUUGAAGAGCGAAGGCGAGGAUCGUGCGCUCAGUCGCAGCGUGAACGCCGCCAGGAGGAUCCAGACCACCAAGUUGGAAUUCAAGCUUAAGAACACCGAGGAUGUGCGCUCAUUGAAGUCAAGCGGCUACGACGAGUCUCUCGCUCGAGAAGCGUUGUUCCGAUGCAAUGGCCAUGUUGCGAGCGCGCACGAAUACUGCCAUUUGCGCCAGCAACUUGACACUACACCCGCGUUUCCCAUCCCCCAAGGCGAGGCAACGGCCCCCAACGGUAGUCAAUCAGCAUCGGCCGAGACUUCCAGAGCGACCGAUACCUCUAGUGCAGAGCAAUCUACCCAACCGCCCGGAUCAGUCGAGAUGGCGGACGCUGCUGGAGAUCAGCCUGCGAAUGCUCAAGAUGCGCCCGACCCUGAAGAUGUCUCAAUCUUUUCAGAAGAUCCCGAUGUCAUGUCAGAUGACCCAUUCGGUUUGAGCGUUUUGCCAGAUGAGAUCCAAGAGGCGGAUUUGAUGGCUAUGGUGGGGCAGAACAGUCGUCUGCGUAACCUCUUGAGAUUGGCCAACGGCAACGCGCUUCCGACUACCUCCACCAAGGAUGCAUCCAGCAAAGAGGAGCGAGAGCCCUUCACCACUGUGGAAGACCUGGACGAGAAGAGGGAUGCGUUACGCGGCGAUCUCCUCGAUCGAUCCCUGGAGCUCUUGAGCGCUCAGCCAACGAUUAGCUUCGAGCUGGCUGAAUUGAUUCAAGCGGCCGUGGCCAAGAGUGGCGAAGGUGCUAGCCCUCGCGCGGACAUUGGAAGCACGCUUGUCUCUUCGCUGCUGUCCCUCCAGGGCGACGAGCCAAGCGAAGAAACGGGCGCGAAGAUUGCGGCCUAUGCGCAUCUCGUUGCAUUGAUUCUGCAAGAUCGGGACUUCUUCGACUCCACCCUCGAUGAGUUGAAAGAGAACUUCGAUGCGCUUAUCUCCUGGAUCCAGCCGGGCUUCUUUGAUAAGGUUGAGAAUGCUCCCUGGAUUGAGAUGAUUCUGUUGAUCAUCGAGCGUAUACUUGUGGAGGAUGAACAGCCUACGGAAAUCCAGUGGACUACCCCCAAUGUGGAGGAUCCUCUCAAACCCCUUCCAGAGCCAACCAUCCCCGAGCCCGUCAUUUCGUUCGAUCUCAAAUCGACUCUAUUCGAGGCGGUCGUCGAGUUGCUGCCGAAAGUCGGGAAAAACGCUUCACUCGCUCUGUCAAUUAACCGAGUGCUGGUCAUCCUCACCAGGCGCCGUGAGCUGGCCGCACGUCUGCGCGAGAAGCUCAAUCUGUCUAAGCUGUUCGUCAUGAUCAAACAGCUGGCUGGCUCAGUCAAUGAGAAGCUACAGAGCUCGUUCAUGAUCAUCCUUAGGCAUAUGGUUGAGGACGACGCGAUCCUGCGUGAGAUCAUGAAGACCGAGAUCUCCAGCGUUCUCGAGGCUCAAAGGGUGCAGCGUCCCAUGGACACGACCUCAUACGCUCGCACUCUAUACCACCUGGUCCUUCGUGAUCCGAAUCUUUUCGUCGAGGUGACGAAGGAGAUGGUGGAGAUCGUCAAGUACGAUCAUCGGCCAGAGCGUGGUCAAGUCUUGGCCUUGAAGGCCAAAACACCGCCGCCUGCUGAGAACGGGAAUGCCAACGCCACAGCAUCCGACCCCGCGGCCCAGCCAAGCGUGGAAGAGAGCAGUGCAAACGCCCAGGCCUUGACCGAGUUGAAGCCGCCGGUGGUUGAGACCACGGAUGGAGUGGUUCAAUUCCUACUCCGAGAGCUGUCCAACUACAAGGAUGUCGAAGACAAACAAAAUGCUCCGGCCAACGCCUCUGCCGCUAAUGGAUCUUCGGGAGAUGUGGACAUGUCUGAUGAAACUAGCCCGAACAGCGGCUCGACAGUCCCAAAGAAAGAUGACGAACCGCCAUCAUUCAAAGCCGAGGAGCAUGUCAUCUACAUCUAUCGAUGCUUCAUCAUGCAGUGUCUUACCGAACUGCUAGCAUCGUACAACUGCUGCAAGGCCGAGUUUAUCAAUUUCUCACGCAAGCCCGAAGCCCAAACAGCGACUCCGUCCAAGCCUCGCUCUGGAACGAUCAACUACUUGUUGAACGUCCUCAUGCCCGUUGGCACCCUGGAGCACCGCGAUGAUAUCACCCAUCGCAAAAAGGCCUCUACCGCGCAUUGGGCAACGACCGUCCUCAUUGCGCUCUGCUCACAGACGCCGCAACUCACAAAGACCGAAGAACCCGAUCCAACACUCUACUUCGUGCGCAGAUUCGUCCUCGAGCAUGCUCUGAGAGCUUUCAAAGAAGCUACCACAUCCAAUGAGCCACUCGAUCAACGCUAUUCCCGCCUGCUGGCUCUAGGCGAGCUUUUCAGCCGAAUGCUGAGCAACAAGCUGAACGCCACCAAUCCCGCAAGUGCAGAUGGGUUCUCCGCCCAGCGCAUGGGCCGCUUCAUGUACGAGAAGAACUUCAUCAGCGCUCUGACAUCCGCCAUCGCUGAGAUCGAUCUCAAUUUCCCGAACGCAAAGAGGGCCGUCAAGUAUCUCCUGGGCCCGCUAAGGCUGCUCACCGAAAUGGGAGUUACCCUAAGCCAAUACUCCGACUUUUCGUCGAGUGCCGGUGCCACUACGGACGGGGAGGAGAUUUCAUCUGCCACUUCGAUCUCGGAUGUGGACGAGGAAGAAGAAGAUCGAGAGCAGACUCCAGACCUCUAUCGAAACUCCACUCUGGGCCUCUUCGAGUCGGGUGCUGGCCGUGGCCAUGAGUCUGAGAGCGAGAGCGGUGAGGAUGAUGAAGAGGAGAUGUACGACGACGGCUACGAUGACGAGGACGGCAUGGACUUUGAGGAAGGUCCGAUGCCCGAUCACGACGAAGUUGUCAGUGAUGAGGACGAUGAGGAUAUCGAUGGCAUGGGGGAAAUCGAGGGCGUUCCCGGCGAUGUCGAUUUUGAGAUGGAUGUUGUCAUGGCCGGGGACGAUGAUGGUGAAACUAUCAGCGAAGACUCCCAAGAUGAUGACGAGGAGCGCGAAGAAGAUGACGAUGAAGAUGAUGACGAUGAUGACCAUCAUCAUGGUGACUUCGUCGACGAAAUGGAUGAGAUCACUGGCGAUGAUGAGAACGCCAGCAUGCCCGAUCACCCCGAAGAACACGAUUGGGACGAAGAUGACGGUGCUAUCUUCGAGACGGCAGUCAUUGAAGAGGGCGGAUCACCUCACGGUGGACCGUUGCAACAUUUCGAAGACAUCAUGAACAACAUCCCCCCUCGUGCAGACCUCGACCCAAGAAUCCGCAUCGAGACCAUCCGCGACGGCGAGGAAGAGUAUUUCGACGACGAAAUGCCUCCCGAGGACGAAGAAGAUGACGAGGACGAAGAGAUCGACUUGGAGAAUGAUGUGGUCUAUGAACCAGGGCUUGAAGGUUCGUUGAGAGCCCUUCGCGAAUUGGUUAACCGCUUUCAGCGUUUUGACAGGGGUGCAGACGACGACGAUGAUGAAGACGGUGAUAAUGAGUUGCAAUGGGACAUGCGUCCUGCCAUUCCUCUACCGCACGUCAGGGCUGCCGUACAGCAGCACCAUCAUCACCACCACCACCAUCACCGGCAUGGACUUCAAGAUAUGUUCGGAAUGAUGGCAAAUGAUGCCAUGAGGAUACCUCCUUUCCGUGGCCAUCGAGCGCCAGCAAACGCGCGUGGUGAGGAAGACGGUACCAAUCCCCUCCUUCAGCGCGAUGGCAAUUCCAGUGGCGGCAACGGCCGUGGAGACGCAUAUGUAGGGUCUACAUUCGUGCGUGGCGGGCGCCAUACCCUCUAUACCCGACACGGCGACACCUUCUUCCAGGAUCUCGUGGCAACAGUCGGAGCAAACGGUCGCGCGAUCGUUGAUGUCAACAUUGGCGAUGCUCCUCAGCGGGGUGUCGACCUCGCAACCUCACCGUGGGAACGGAGGCAAGUCCUCCACGCUUUGCUUGAUCUCGACCCCGCUCGGCCAUGGCGCGAGCAAAUCCGGAUCCCCCAGUGGCCCGACAUGCCCGGCACCCACCGCUCUCACGAUCCGCGCUCUUCUUCGUACAGCGAUGAAGCACAGGCGGUGGAGUUCCGACCGACCGCCACUGCUGCACGCUGGCAAGAAGAGGCACGUAUGCUCUUCAGCGGAAAGCAUCAAGAGAAGGCCACCCGAAUCAUCCCCAGCUUGUUGCGGGUUCUGAUUCCGCCUGCUAUGGAAGCAAAGCGAAUGCAAGAGAAGGCCGAUGCUGAGAAAAGGGCCGCUGCGUUGGAGAAAGCGAGAGAGGACGAGAAAAAGAAGGCAGAAGAGAAGGCAGAGCGUGAGAAGGCAGAGCGAGAAGAGCGGGAAACGAGAGAAGCCGAAGAGGCUCGUGCUCGUGAGGAUGCGGCGCUUGCUGCUUCCCUGGCUGGCGAGGGUCCGGCAGAGGCCACAAUGGAAGAUGUGACACCGUCGCAGCCGGCGCUGCCGACUUCAGAAGGCGCUCAAGAAGCGACGACGACCGAACCGGCGGCUACACCGCGAGUUACAACCACCAUUCGUGGUCGUGAGCUUGACAUCACCAGUCUCGGCAUCGAUCUCACCUAUCUCGAAGAGUUGCCCGAAGAGCUCCGCGAAGAAGUCAUUAUGGGACAAUUCGCCCAACAGCGUUCACAGGCGGCAGAGGCUGGCGAGCAGCCGAGCGAGAUUAGCCGGGAGUUCUUGGAGGCCUUGCCUCCUGACAUUCAGCGAGAGCUUCUUCGUCAGGAGGCCAGUGAGCGUCGUCAUCGUCAACAGCAAGAGCAACGCCGCCGCUCCGCGCAAGAAGGCAAUGCUCCACCGGCGCAGCCCGAGGAGAUGAACAAUGCAGACUUCAUGGCCAUGCUGGAACCCGAGCUCCGCCAGCAAAUCUUGGCUGAUGCUGAUGAAAACACCCUGGCCGCUCUUCCCGAGGACGCCCAAGCAGAGGCACGAACACUAGGCGAACGCCGUCUCCCGCGCGCCGACCAACUUGCUCGGUUGGGCCGAUUUGCUGAGGGUGAUCCCCGCACCCGCCUCCUCCAUCGCGGUCAAGCCGAGCAAGCUGUUCGAGACGCUGCUAGCAGGCAGCGCAGGCCCGUUAUUCAAAUGCUGGACAAGGCUGGCAUCGCGACGCUCUUGCGUUUGAUGUUUGUGUCUCUUCAUCAUAAAGCCAAGAGCAACCUCCACAGCAUCCUGUCCGACGUGUGCAAGAAUACGCAAAACCGUGCAGAGGUCAUCAGUAUUCUGCUUUCAAUCUUGCAAGACGGCACUGCGGAUGUUGCUGCUGUUGAGCGCAGCUUCGCUCAGCUUUCGCUUCGAGCCAAGCACCAAUCCGCUCAGAAGACACCGACACCUCUCAAGCGGACUGUGACUGGCACGAUCAUCACUCCUGGCGCCGAACUGUCGCCGCUCAACAUCGUGCAGCAAUGUCUCGGCACACUGAACGCUUUGACCCUCGACAAUCCGCGUGUCCCAUCUUUCUUCCUGACGGAGCACGAGACAGUCACUAGUCAGAAGGCCAAGCCGGGAAAGAAAGGCAAAGGCCGCGAAGUCAGGGCGGCAAAGUUCCCUCUCAAUUCGCUGUUGACUUUGCUCGACCGCAAGCUCAUAACCGAGAACACUGGCGUGAUGGAGGCGCUGGCUGCUCUGCUCAGCCGCGUUACCCAUCCACUCAUUAUCCUCCUGCGCAAAGCUAUGAGGGAAGCAGAAGAUGCUACCAAAGCGACCGAGGAAGCGAGUGCAGCCGAGCAAGAAGACCGACCGUCAACUAGCGGCACGGAUGUUGAUAUGGCAGAGGCUGCUAAUGUCGAUGUUGGAGCGAACGAGGGCGCCGCGCAGGCUGCAUCUUCAACUGCGGCGGCCGAAGGGGUGAGCAUUGAGGAGAAGCCUGCCGGAGCUGACGAUGCGGAAGCUCCAAAGACCGACACCGGAAAGAAACACCGUGAGAUGGUGCCGCCGGAAGUCCCGGAAGAGAACAUCCGUCUUGUCGUCAACAUCAUCACCGCUCGCGAGUGUCCAGGCAAGACCUUCACCGAGACGCUCGACGUCAUCAAGAAUCUGUCCGCCCUUCCGGGAGCGCGCGAGACGUUCGGCAAAGAGCUUGUGAGUCAAGCGCAAGAGCUCAGCCAGGCAGUUCUCUUGGAUCUUGAAGAUCUCGCGAAGCAAAUCAACGCUGCCCAGACCGGCACCGACCUUCAGGGCAUGGCUCUUACCAACUUCUCUUCGGCUGCAUCGAUGCAACACAAGCUGUUGCGGGUGCUGGUUGCGCUCGACCAUCUUUUCGACCCAACGCAAACCCCGUCGAUUUCUUCAAAGGGCUCCCUCGCCACCGAUCCCAGCCUCAAAGAAGACAUACUUGCUGGACUGUAUGAGAGCGCGACGUUCGACAAGCUCUGGGGCAAUCUCAGCCAGUGCUUGACCGCCAUCCGCAAUAGAGGCAACAUGAUCAACGUUGCUGCGGUCUUGCUUCCCAUCAUUGAAUCCUUGAUGGUCGUGUGCCGGAAUAGCGCUCUGAAGGACUCGGUCGAUGCGGUGGCAACGCAACAAGCCUCUGUGGGCACUCCCCAACCCGACGCUCGUCUCGACUCUUUGUUCUUCCGAUUUACCGAAGAGCAUCGCAAGAUUCUCAACGAGCUGAUUCGCAACAACCCCAAGUUGAUGAACGGCAACCUCGCCGUGCUAGCCAAGAACUCCAAGGUGUUGGAGUUCGACAACAAGCGCAGCUACUUCACGCGCAAGGUCCACGUCCGCCCAGCCAACGACGGUCGUAUCGCGCAUCCCUCCUUGCAGUUGAACGUGCGCCGAGAUCAGGUCUUCCUGGACUCGUUCAAAUCCUUGUAUUACAAGAGCGGCACCGAGAUCAAGUAUGGGAAGCUCAACAUUCGCUUCCACGGCGAGGAGGGAGUCGACGCCGGUGGCGUGUCUCGGGAGUGGUUCGCUGCCAUGGCUCGGCAGAUGUUCAACCCGGACUACGCCCUCUUCAUUCCAGUCGCGUCGGACAAGACAACCUUCCAUCCGAAUCAGUUCAGCGCGGUCAACCACGAGCAUCUGAUGUUCUUCAAGUUCAUCGGGCGCAUCAUUGGCAAGGCGCUGUAUGAAGGGCGUGUUCUCGAUUGCCAUUUCAGCCGAGCCGUGUACCGUCGCAUCCUCGGAAAGUCGGUUUCCCUAAAGGACAUGGAGAGCUUGGACCUGGAGUACUACAAGUCUCUAGUCUGGAUUCUGGAGAACGACAUCACCGACGUCACUUUCGAGACGUUCUCCAUCGACGUUGACAAGUUUGGGCUGGUGGAGACGGUGGAUUUGGUGCCGGAUGGGCACAACAUUGCGGUGACGGAAGAGAACAAGCAGGAGUACGUGCGGCUUGUUGUCGAGCACCGCCUAGUCAAGUCGGUGGAGGAGCAACUGGAGCACUUCCUUGCCGGCUUCCACGACAUCAUCCCGCCCGAGCUGAUUGCGAUAUUCAACGAGCAAGAGCUGGAGCUGCUCAUCUCCGGCCUGCCGGAAAUUGACGUGGAUGACUGGAAGAACAAUACCGACUACCACAACUACCAGCCAACGUCGCCGCAGAUCCAGUGGUUCUGGCGCGCGGUGCGCAGCUUCGACAAGGAGGAGCGCGCGAAGUUGCUGCAAUUCGUCACGGGCACGAGCAAAGUGCCGCUCAACGGCUUCAAGGAGCUCGAGGGCAUGAAUGGCUUCUCCAAGUUCAACAUCCACCGCGACUACAGCAGCAAGGAGAAGCUGCCUUCGAGCCAUACCUGCUUCAACCAGCUGGACCUGCCGGAAUAUGAGAGCUACGAGCAUUUGCGUCAACAACUUUAUACCGCCAUCACGGCGGGGAGCGAGUAUUUCGGGUUUGCUUGA